ACGCUCAACUCAGACAUACACGGUUUCUCCUUGGUAACGAAGUAGCCUACUACACUAACUUUUAAAAAAGAAAAAAAGGAAGAAAGCCCUUCGUGCUUACUGAAUUUAGUUUGAAAAAGCUGUCAAAACAGGUACAUAGGCUACUUUUAAGACAUCCCCUCCCUCAAACGCCCCUUGGUCACCGAGUUCAGAAGAAAGUGUGUGCGUCGCCUCGCAGCGCCUAUUAGCGCGCGCUCCAAGCAAGGCACACUCCAAUAACGGAGUGCGUUCUUCCAGACAUCACUGAGACUGCUGCAGAGAUGCUUGGAUGAUGUACUCCAUCAUAUAUAACACAUAAACCAGACUAUAUGCCACAAACCGACGCUUCGACGACUGUUUUUUGACACAUAAACUAUAUCCAUGGAAACGCACAAGUGACCUUGGCAAACCCAGGACCCUUUGGAAGUUUUAAAACAUCAAUACGCGUUAAACACGCCACAGAAAACUCGACAUGAAUGUUUCACACGGACUACUGAACCGGACGAUCUCUACAGCGAAGCAGCCUUUGGAAAGCGUUCAAGGAUGCUGCAGUAACUUCUCGGUGAUCACGAGCGACGGGUUCGGUUCACCGGUUCAGGACGAGCGCGAUCAGUUCAUCAUGCGUUUGGUGCAGAUCGCGGUUCUCUGUGUGCUGUCACUGACGGUCAUUUUCGGCAUAUUUUUCCUCGGGUGCAAUCUACUCAUCAAGUCCGAGAGUAUGAUAAAUCUGCUGGUGGAGGACAGAAGACCUUCCAAAGAUGCGGAUAUUAUUAUGAUUGCGGCAUGAGUGGUGCCAUAAACCUGACACGAACUGGCAAUCUGUCAUGAACGACACCUGUUGGUAUGAUUCUCAUGCCAGUGAUGAACUAAAUGUAUUUAUAUAUAUUUCAUCUGGGACCAGAACCUGUUAAUGUCGCAAUGGAGACUGAACAAUGCAUUCAACUUUUUUUAAAACCCAGAAAUGUGUGGUGAUGAGUAUUUGUCUACAUCUUUCAAAACACAUCUUCAUGAAGACACCUGAAACAACAAGAGCAGAGAAAGAUAACCGGACAAAUGCAUUAAUCCAGGACAGAUCAUUUGAAAUUAAGAAUUUGUCAUUUGUUUUGUAUUUAUAUUGGCUGAAUUGAUUCAUGUGACUCGUUGAAAUGAUUCAAGAAUUUCUUCAUGUGUUAAAGAAAGUUUGUGUUAACUUGCAUGCAAAAUGGAUUAAAAGGAUAUAGAGAACUCUAAAAACACUGUUCCAUUUUAGUUCCGACCUAGACGACAUUUUAGAGUUUUUCAAAGGUUCAAAACAAUACAAUCCAGUUAACUA